GGCGCCGCCUGCGUGUGGGACAUUUUUUUGGUGCCCCCCGACCCGGCCACUGACGCCCCGGCGCGCAGAGCAUCUACAGCUGUCUCCUCUCCUCCUUCCUCUCCCAACAGCCCUCUCCCCCUCCCUCCUUAGUCAUGCUUUCCCGCACUGCCCUGUUUGCCGCUACCCUGAACCGCACUGCUCUGCGUGCGGCUGCCGCCCGGCCGGCCGUUGCCCCGCUCAUGGCCAUGCGCUCCAUGUCUAGCGUCAGCCCGGAUCUGCUCCAGCAGCUGGACAAGACCAUCAAGGACAACGACAUUGUCGUCUUCAUGAAGGGCGUUCCCGAGGCCCCCCGUUGCGGCUUCUCUCGCGGUGUGGUCCAGCUGAUCGGUGCCGCCGGUGUCUCGGAGUUCAAGGCCAUCGAUGUCCUCGAGUCCGACGAGGUUCGCCAGGGCAUCAAGGAUCUCUCCUCCUGGCCCACCCUUCCCCAGGUCUACAUCAAGGGCGAGUUUGUUGGCGGCUUCGAUAUCGUCUCUCAGCUGUACAGCUCCGGCGAGCUCCACAACAUGCUCCGCACCCACAACCUCAUCCCCACCGAGGAGAAGGCCUCCGAGUAAGGCCCCGCCCCCAUUGCUUGCGGUGCUGCUGCCGGGCUUCUCUGCCUGUGCGUGUGUGUCUGUGUGUCUGUGUGUCUGUCCACGCACGCACGCGCGCACGCACGCACAAUUCACAUAUACAUAAAACCGUGUACUA